UCUUGUUUAGAAAGAUGAGUCGAUUAUUACCAAAAUAAAAAUUAUGCAUUAUAUGGUCCAUGAGGGAACCAAUUCGUGUUAAUUCAUUCAUUGAUUGAGUUGGUGGGGGUCAUUUGGUAAAUACAGUUCAUCUGUUCCAUGGAUCAAUCCAAUCUGUUAUAAGAACUUUCUCUCAUUCUAAUGAAUAAUAUAUAGACUUAGAACUUAGAACCUUAUUAUCGUUAAAUUCUCUCUUUUUGCUUUUACUUUUGAGGAAAUGGGAUGUACGAAUUUGGUGUUGCAUGUUCGACUCUUUGUUACUCUGAUGGUGAUUCUUGCUGGAACUUUCUGUGCAGUUGGUGACACUGACGUAGUUGAUGUUGCAGCAAUCAGUAGUCUAUAUGUUGCUUUUGGCUCACCACCUCUUCUAGGGUGGAAGCCUGUCGGAGGAGAUCCAUGUUUUGAAAUGUGGCAAGGUGUUGGCUGUGUAUUUUCCAACAUCACUUCCAUAAGACUUGAUGGCCUGAAUUUGGGUGGAGAGCUUGGUAGUAAUUUGAAUUUUCCAUCCAUCUUAAAAAUGUAAGUGUUGUUUCAAUUUCAAUAUUGUGUUUACUGAUGAGUGACACGUUAAAUGUGGUUCUGUUUGAUUAAUCGAGAGAGUUUAGUACCUCUUAAGCACCAAUUGUGUAAUUGUUUGAACUAGAAAUGAAGCUUUCUGUUUCUUGUGCAAUGAUCUUAGCCACAACCACAUUGGAGGCCCAUUCUAUUCACUUUGCCCCCUACUCUUACGAGCUUGUAUGUUAUCUUUUUCACAUCUGAAUUUGUUUUUUUUUUUUAAUCAUGGACAUAGUAAUUAGUCAUCUUUUUGCCAUAUGCAUAA